CACCAACAUCGCCGACCCCCCUCCCUUUCCUUUCGCUCAGGCUCUCUCUGUGCCUCCCUCCAAAGCUGUUGUUACGGUGCGGCUCCCGCACAUCAUUCCACUGCGAUGGAAAUUAAAUGAAGGUGGCUUAGCACAGCUAACAGAGACAUGCUUUGAAGGAUGUAACCGGGGGAAGCUGCGCUGCCAGAUCCUUUUCCAUGGGAUGUGGAUUUGUGCUGCUGAGGCGAGGACACAGCAAUCACUCAGCCAUGCAGAGGCUCAGAGAAAACGACUAAUCUCUACACCUGACUUCUGGAAGCCUUACUUUUGUUUUUCUUCCCCUUUGCGUUAUUUACUGGCGAAAAACAACGCAUUACAAUGGUGCCGGAGUGAAGUUAAUUUUGCAUGUGUAGGUUGAUUGCAGACUGCAGCACACAUGGAUGUGUUCAGCUUUGUCAAGAUGCCAAAGCUUUCAGGCCACAGGACCAAAUCCUCCGGUUGGCCGCCCCCUUCAGGGACCUGGAGUGCUUCCCAAGGACCCCCAAAUGGAUGGGACAUGGGCACCAUCAGAGAGGGGCGUGACUGCUACAUCAAUCACGUCUCCCAGAGUAACUCCCUGGAGGAAGUUCGUCUGGACGGAGACAAGUUUGUGCCCCCCGCGCCCCGGAAGGUGGAGAUGAGGCGGGACCCUGUGCUUGGCUUCGGAUUUGUGGCAGGAAGCGAGAAACCUGUGGUUGUCCGCUCAGUUACUCCAGGGGGUCCAUCUGAAGGCAAACUGAUCCCCGGGGACGAGAUCAUCAUGAUUAAUGAUGAGCCAGUCAGCUCAGCACCCAGGGAAAGGGUUAUCGACCUUGUCAGGAGCUGUAAAGAGUCCAUAGUGCUGACUGUUAUUCAACCAUACCCAUCACCCAAAUCUGCAUUCAUCAGCGCAGCAAAAAAGGCCAAGUUAAAGACAAAUCCUGUUAAAGUCCGCUUUGCUGAAGAGGUCAUCGUCAACGGACAGGUCCCGGAAACAGUAAAGGACAACUCCCUUCUUUUUAUGCCAAAUGUUUUGAAGGUAUACCUGGAAAAUGGCCAGACUAAAUCAUUUAGAUUUGACAGCAAUACAUCCAUUAAGGACGUCAUCUUGACCUUGCAAGAAAAGCUAUCCAUUAAGUGCAUUGAGCACUUCUCUUUAAUGCUGGAGCAAAGAGCUGAAGGAUCUGCCAGCAAACUCAUGCUCCUGCAUGAGCAGGAGAUGCUAACUCAGGUGACACAGAGGCCAGGCUCACACAAGAUGAAGUGCUUCUUUCGGAUCACUUUUGUCCCAAAGGAUCCCGUGGACCUGCUAAGAAGAGAUGCGGUAGCCUUUGAGUACCUCUACGUUCAGAGCUGUAAUGAUGUGGUGUUGGAGAGAUUCGGGUCAGAACUGAAAUAUGACACAGCUCUUCGCCUGGCUGCCCUGCAAAUGUACAUUCUGACCAUCAAUACCAAGCAGUCUCAGAAAGUUUCUCUGAAGUAUAUUGAGAAGGAGUGGGGUCUGGCAUUAUUCCUGCCACCUGCGGUGUUGUCUAGCAUGAAAGAGAAGAAUAUCAAAAAAGCUCUCACCCACAUCUUGAAAACUAACCAAAACCUGGUGCCUCCUGGCAAAAAGCUGACUGCACUGCAGGCAAAGGUGCAUUAUCUGAAGUAUCUCAGUGAUUUGAGACUUUAUGGAGGGCGUGUUUUCAAAUCCACUCUGGUGCAAGGCGAGAAGUAUACAGAAGUGACUUUGCUGGUGGGGCCUAAAUACGGCAUCAGUCAUGUGAUAAACACAAAAACAAAUCUGGUGGCGCUUCUGGCUGACUUCAGCCAUGUUAACCGCAUCGAGAUGUAUGCUGAAGAUGACAACAGGGUUAGAGUGGAACUGCAUGUUCUGGAUGUGAAGCCCAUCACUCUGUUAAUGGAAUCUGUUGAUGCAAUGAAUCUGGCCUGUUUGACUGCUGGCUACUACAGAUUACUCGUAGAUUCUCGGCGCUCCAUCUUCAACGUGGCCAAAAACACGGAAACAAGCCAUGCGGCUAAACCGAAACCAAACUACCAGGCAAUCGAGUGUGCUUACAGUAUACCUCACAAAGGGUGUGAGGACAGAAAUAACCAGAGGUGCAGCCAAGAUUACUUAGACCAGCAGUGUGAAUACCUUGACCACAGUAGAUGUGAAGUCCAGCCUGUGUACGUGACAGAGAUUCACCAGCCUCAGCACUCUGUUCACAGGGCAGAGAGAGCGGAGUGCUGCAGAGUUUCUUGCUCCCAGACUUAUCUCAAUAUACCAAGACCUAAGCCGCCAGAUUCAUCCAGAAAUGCAAAGGUUUCCUUCAUAUUUGGGGAACCCCCUCUGGACAGCGUGAACCCCCAAAACCUGGGUUACCAGAGACUGAUGGACGAAGGCCCAGAGAUUGCAGAUAAUUACAGCCACAUGUACAGGCGCCUUGAGGAGGAUUAUAAGAUGAUGGAUGUCAUAGAGGAGGGUUAUCCAUACUCUACCAAAAUCUUUGGUCCCACAGAGUGCAUCGAGGAGCCCCUGCUGCAUGACAUCUGCUACGCGGAGACAACAGAUGACGCAGAAGACGAGGAUGACAUCAGCUGUGAGGAAGAUUUGGUGAUGAGUGACAUUGAUAAGCCCACAUUGCUGACACUCUCAGGGUCCAGUGAUGACAUCAUUGACUUGACCUCCCUCCCUCCGCCUCCAGAGGUUAAUGAUGAGGAGGACAACGAUGUACUUCUGCACUCCCUCAACAUGGCCAUUGCUGCUCCUCCUCCUGGUUUCAGGGACAGUUCUGACGAAGAUGAACAGCAGGGGGCUGGGCCUCGGGCCCAGGAGGCCUGCAAUGAUAUCCCCAUCUCUCUAAUAGACUCUGUCCCCACACACCGAGCGGAGGGUCCUGAGGAGCCUCUGGACGAUGCAGUGGUGUCCACCCUGCAGGCACUCGAAGCCCUGGCUGCUUCCGAAGAACAGAGUCCUGCACAGUCCGAGAGCAGCACAGGUGUACAAAUAUCACGAGCAUUUAGCCCAGAGUCUUCCGACUCUGGCAAUGAGACGAACUCCUCUGAGAUGACCGAGAGUUCAGAGUUAGCCGCUGCUCAGAGGCAUUCAGAAAACCACCUGAGGAUGCAUGUAGCCAUGACAGAAGGAUGCCGUGCCAUGAAUGAAGAAAAGGCAGAGGUUUGCACGACUCGUGAUGAGAAUCCGGAGGAAGCUAAUUCCUCGGCCGUUACCUCCUCUCAGAUUUUCCACUCAGAUGGCGGUGAGAUGGAACCAGAUACUAUGGAAAUCAAAUCAGUCAGUGAAUUCUUCACCAAGAUGCACAUGGGCUCCCUAAUGAGCAGACAGAGAGGGAAACAGAGGGAGGCGGAGAGCAGUAUCCAAGGAGAUAGAUGCAGUUCCUCUGAAAAAUCUAACUCGACUUCUCUAGAUUCCGCUAAGGACGAGCCCCCUCAUCUUGUAGGGAAGUACAACGCUUUCACCGUAAGAGAUUCCUAUUACAUGAAUCAACUUGAUCUAGGGAGAACUCACUGCAAAGACAGGCAUCAAAAAUGGCAGCAGAGAGCACCGGGAAGCAAAAUGGCAGAGAAUCUUGCACCAGAAUGUGCAAGUGACUCACAGGCUUCCCACGCAGAUAGGCUGACAGCAAAGGGAGAGAACCAGGAGUCAGACGAAAGAAACCACCAGUUAAAUGCCCAUCUCAUCUCCCCAUCCAAAGGGCCCUUCCCCGCUGAGAGUGAUGCUACUUCACAGGACAAUAAGAAACAGAUCAAGCUUUCGCAGUCAGAGCAGGAUGUCACACGGAUGUAUGAAUACCAUGUCAGCAAGCGCAUGUCAUCGAUACAAAGUGAAGGCGUUCAUUCUCUGCAGAGCUCACAGUGCUCGUCAAUAGAUGCGGGUUGUAGCACCGGCAGCAGCAGUUGUGUCACUCCAAUGGACUCUCCCCUUUGUGCCACAGACAGUAUGCAUGUGCUAUCAGAGUCUUCGCUAAAGGGGAUGAGCUAUGCAGCUGGGGCUGAGGAGAAGGCCUACGGACCCACAGUGCAGGGGAAAGCAGGGCACACAAUGGACCCCACCCUGAUGAGAAAAAUCCAUGCAGCGACCAGUGCUGAGCCAGGGUUUGGGAGCAGUCACAAAAUGCCCAAGAUAAAAGAAACCACAGCUUGCACACAGCUGAAGAAGGCUGGGAAAGACUCAUCUUUAUCUCUCUGUAACGAGACCAGUACCACCUCCACCAUCAUAUCACCUUCAUCAUUACGAAGUAGCACGACGUCUAGUGAGGUAACACUGGCCAGCCCUGAGCCUGACCUGUCUUCAUGUGACCCAACAAGAAGCCUCAGGAAGCCGCACAGGGUUCUGAUGCUCAGAAGGAGCUGGAGCACCUUAAUGCCAGGUUCCAGAAGCAUAGAAGCACUUAAGGAAAGGACAAAAGCCACGCUCACUGGAAAGACUGUAGGUCAGAAUUUGCAGUCCCAAGAUUCCCCAAAAGUGAAGAGUGCAUUCUCUGCCAAAACCCUACCCAAAAGCUUGUCCCAGGGUUCAGUCAGCUCUGAUUCUGCAGAGAGAAGGCCGCUAUUCGGAGUCUUACUGCUGCCGUCAGAGUCAAUAGCUCCAAGGCCAGAUGGAACAUGGAGGUGUCACGGGCCAUUUAGUCACUGCUUCCUCAGGAGAAAGCCAAUUACUCAAGGUAGUUAUGAAGAUACAGAGAUGUCUUCACAAGUUCUGCUCUCUAGUAGCCCGACUUCAUCUAGUCGCAAGGGGAACACUGUCCAGAAAGCAGGCCACAAGGCUGAACGGACUGAUACGUCUAUGACCGAGAUGAGUCUCAACGACAGACUCGCUCAUGUACACUCAAUGAAGGGAAAAACGUACAGCCUUCAUACAGGGUUUGCACUUGCACGGAAGGAUGCCUUAGAGAUGAUUAGCGUGUUGCACUGCAGUGUCAGACACAGGCCCAGUGGUGACAUACCUGAGAUGGGUGAGACCGACAUGGAGACGCUGUCCCAGCUUCUGCUGCUGCAGGCCAAAGUGCUGAACAGUGCCUGCAGUCAGAUGUCCACGGAGUACAGCAGCCCGGAGGAGCUACUGCUCACCCUGACGCACAGCUUCCACACAUUGUGCUGCUUAGCGCAAGCCUGCAUGUCUCUGGCGGAGGUCCUGAGCACCGAAAGCGAACGCAGGGAGGUGGUGGCCAAGGUGGACGAGGUCAUCAUGAACUACGUGUGUCUGCUAAAAGCUGCUGAGGGAGCCGCGGGAGGCUCUCCCGGUGACCAAAGUGUGAACGCAUUGUUACAUUACUCCGCCACCAUGUCUGUUGUUAUAAACACGCUAACUAUCUCACUAAAUUCACUGCUCAACAAAAAAGCUGUUGCUGUGUUCUGAUUGUUGAUUUUUAAGCCAUACAUAAGAGACGUGGGUUUACCAACCAAUGUGAACUGCUGUGAAUAAAAUCCUGCCUUGUGUAUACACUAUUUUAAUAUCUAAAGAAAAAAAUAUUGAAUUAUAUCAAAUAAAGUUUUAAAGAGAUUAUAUCCAGACCCCAAUGAAGAGAACAAUUACCCUUCCCUCGAGUAUAUUCUAAAAUUUGACAUAAGGAUUAUUUUAAGGAUUUAUUGAUUUCAUUAGAUUAAGAUGUAAAUUAUAACAACCUGAAAAGCACCUUCUUUUUAAUUGUAUAAAUAUGUAUUGUGUUGGAGAAAUGCUUACACUAUAUUUAGACAAUUCAUUGCACAGGACAAGAUAAUUACACAGUUAAAGAAAUACAUAGAAUUUUAUUUGCCGACUCACUUGAUUUAUUGACUAUUUUACACAUGAAUACUGAGUACUUUCCUGUAUUUUUCUCAACAUCAUUAAAAAGAAUUUAAACUUU